AUGCGCCCAGACCUACCACCGCUUUGGGGACGUAGAUUCCCCCCGAGUUCCAGAAAAGUGGUCAAGACUGGGAGUGCGGAUAGAACUGGGAGAACAGAUAGCGAAUCAGAGGCUGCGCUGAAGCCUCACCAAUCAGAAGGGUACACUACCUUCCUGUCAAUCAGAGGGCACGCGCCCUCCACCAAUAGGAGGACAGACUUUCCGCCACCAAUCAGAGGGCUCACUUCCCUCGCCUCUCGGGGGUGGGAUCUGAGCCCUGGGGUGGAGUUUGGCUGCCUGCGCGAGGCCGGGGAUGGAGGGCGGGGCUUCUGGCUGAGGGGCCGCCUGGGUCCUCCGCUAGUGGUCCCGAGUGCCAUUGGAGGCUCGCUCCGGGGCCUCAGGGGCGGGGCGGGGCGGGGCGGGGCUCUAGGGCCUGGGAGGAGCCUCCCCGAGCCAUUAGCUGGGAACCCGAGCGCCGGGGGGGGAAAGAUCUCCCUUCCUCCCGGGAUCAGGCCGAACACUUCCGAGCCCGGACCCUGGCCAGCGCCCUGCUUCUGCUUGGCUGCCCUUCCCACCGGGCCUCACCUCCCCGUCCGAGCUCUGGGGCAGCCCCCUCCCCCCAACCUGGGGAGUGAAGGGAAAGACGCCUCCCCCUCUGGCAUCCUGCUCCCUCCCCUGCUCAGCCUGAAGAGGACCAAGACCCGGCCCAAGCGGGAGCCUGAGGGAAUGGCCCCUGGACCCCGAAGACCCCCACGGCAGGAGUCAUUGACAUUCAAGGAUGUGGCUGUGGACUUCACUCAGGAGGAAUGGUGUCUCUUGGACCAUUCUCAGAAAAAGCUGUACAAGGAAGUCAUGCUGGAAAAUUCCCAGAACCUGCUCUCCUUGGGAAUUCCAGUUCUCAGAGAAGAUUUAAUCUCCCAUUUCAAGGGAAAUGAAACAUCAUGGAUCCUGGAUCAAAAAGGCCAAAGGAAGUCCUUUCUAGAUGCAGAGACCAGGUUUGGAGUGAAUGGGACUACUGCAAGGCUGAGCAUUUCUGUAGAAGAAUCUCACCCACAAAGAUUCAUGAGUGGUAAUGCCAGUGACUUCAAUUUGAGAGAAAUCUGUGACUCCAAUAUCAAGAUAAAGAAAAAUCAUAGUAGUUACUGUAAACUUGAUAAGGAUGGAAAGGAUUUCAGACAAUAUUCAGUACUAAUACAGUAUAAGAAAAGGGUCUCAGGAAACUAUACUGAAGCUAAGGAAUGCUUUACUGAAAAGAUUGGGCUUAUUCAGUCUUCAGAGAAGCCUCUUGAAAUGCAAAUACAUCAACAGAAAAUGGCAUCAAACUUGAGUUCCGACCUCAUUAAACAUCAGAAAAGUUAUAUAGGAGAAAUGGUUUAUAUAGAGAAAGAAAGUGGGAAGUCCUUCAGCCAGAACUCAAAGCUCCUUGACCCUCAUAAAAUUCACACUGCAAGGAAAAUUUAUGGAUGUAAUCAGUGUGAAAAGAUUUUCACAAAUAGGUCCAGUCUUGCUAUACAUCAGAAAAUCCACACUAGAAAGAAACCUUAUGGAUGUAAUCAAUGUGGAAAGGCUUUCACACAGAACUCCCGACUUUUGAAACAUCAGCGAAUCCACAAUGGAGAGAAACCUUAUGAAUGUAAUCAAUGUGGAAAGUCUUUCACACAGAACUACAGUCUUGCUCGACAUCAGAGAAUCCACACUGGAGAGAAACCAUAUGAAUGUAAUCAGUGUGGAAAGACUUUCAGAACAAGAUCCAGUCUUCAUGUGCAUCAACGAAUUCACACUGGAGAGAAACCUUAUGAAUGUAAUCAAUGUGGAAAGACUUUCAGAACACGAUCCAGUCUUGAUCUUCAUCAUAGAAUCCACACUGGAGAGAAACUUUAUGAUUGUAAUCAAUGUGGAAAGACUUUCAAGAGAAAAUCAAGCCUUCUUGAACAUCAGAGAAUUCACACUGGAAAGAAACCUUAUGGUUGUAAACAAUGUGGAAAGAGUUUCCGAACAAAAUCCAUUCUUGUUGAACAUCAGAGAAUUCACAGUGGAGAGAAGCCUUAUGAAUGUAAACAAUGUCAAAGGGCUUUCAUAUCCAGUUCUUGUCUUGCUAAACAUCAGAAGAGCCACACUGCUGAGAAACCUUAUGAAUACAAUCAAUGUGGAAAGGCUUUGAAAUGCAACUCUGAACUUGCUAAAAAUCAGAAAAUCCUUCACAUAGAGAAAUCUCACAAGUGUCCUGAAUGUGGUAAAGUUUUUCGUGAACAUGCUUCCCUUAUUGCACAUCAGAGAAUCCACACUGGAGAGAAAACUUGUAAAUGUAAUCAAUGUGGAAAGACUUUCACACAGAACUCCAAACUAGCUGUACAUCUGAGAAUCCACACUGGAGAGAAACCUUAUGAAUGUAAUCAGUGUGGAAAGGCUUUCCCAUACAGGGCCAAUCUUACUAACCAUUUGAGAAUCCACACUGGAGAGAAACCUUAUGAAUGUAAUCAAUGUGGAAAGGCUUUCGUAGAGAACUCUAAACUUGUUGCACAUCAGAGAAUCCACACUGGAGAGAAACCUUAUGAAUGUAAUCAAUGUGGAAAGGCCUUCCGAAUAAGAUCCAAUCUUGUUGAACAUCAAAGAAUUCACACUGGAGAGAAACCUUAUGAGUGUAAUGAAUGUGGAAAGGCUUUCAGAUCCAGCUCCUGUCUUUGUAAACAUCAAAAAAUACACACUGAAGAGAAACCUUAUGAAUAUGAUCAUGUUGGUAAAGCCUUCAAGUAACAGUCAUCCCUUAUUUCCCAUGAGAGAAUAACUAUUAAAUAUGAAUUUUGCAACUGUAAUGAAUGAGGAAAGACAUUCAAUUGAGUACAGAGUUUGUUGAAUAUCAGAAAAUUUUUUAUGGUUAGAUGCCCCAUAUGGACACAAUGGGGGAAGACCUUCAAUCAGAGAUCAUCUUUUUACAUCAAAGAAUUCAUAAUAGGGAGAAGCCUUAUGAAUUUGCUUGAUAGAGUCAUGACUUUGGAACAAAGAGAUCACUAGACAUGAGGAUAUUCAAACUGGAAAGAAGACUUAUAAAAGCAAUGCCUUUUGUCAAUAUCAAGGCCUUAGAACUCAUACUUGAAUAUAUAUUGGAGAAAUCAUGCUGGAGAUAAAACUUAAUGGAUCUAAGUAAUGAGGUAAGGCCUCUAGCAGCAUAGACUUUGUUAGACAUCUAAAAUUUCAUACUGUUCAUAAAACCCUAUAAAUAUAAUUAAUUUUUAAAAUCCUAAUGUUAUUACUUCUCAAUGAUAUUCUAUAGCUUUCAUGUACCAUCAUUUCUUCAGCCAUUCCCUAAUCAAUUUAGUACUCAUUUUGUUUCAUGUUCUUUGGUGACACUAAAUGUCCUGGUAUAAAUAGUUUGAGUAUCUGUUGGACAUUUAUUUCUGUAGUGAUUUCUUUAAAUAACUAGGUAGCAUAGUGGAUAGUAUUCUGUGCCUGAAGCCACAAGACCUGAGUUCAGAUUUGCUCUGUAACACUUACUAGCUGUGCGACUCUGGGCAAGUCACUUAACUUAUUCCUGCCUGAUUUUCCCCAUCUGUAGAAUGAGGAUAAUAAUAGCAACUACCUCUAUCAGUGUUAUAGUAGAUUUAGUGGGCUGAAAUAUGUGAACAGUUUUGUCACUUCUUUUCAUUCAAAUUGAUAUUCAGAACAGUGUAGAGAAAGGUACUAAUUGUAACAGGACUUUGAAUCUAGGUUUUGAAUCAGGAAGACAGGUUCAAAUUCUGUCUAGUUCUGUAUUUUGAGGAAAAGAGUAACUACUUAAAAAUAAGCUUGAGAAAUCAAAUAGAUCAGGCACAUAACAUACCCCCAAAAGUUAGCAUAAUAUGCAUGGGUUUGAUAAAUCUAAAGGUCUCUAACUAUUAGGCCAGGAUUUAUUAGUCACUACAAAAUGCUGAAAAAACUGGAAAGCAAUGUGGUAGAAAUUACGUAUAGGCCAACAUCUCAUGCUGUAUACCAAGAUAAGCUCCAAAGGAUACAUUACUUAGUUUUUAAAAGGCUCCUCAAAUAUUUUGGAAGAACCAUGAAGAGGAUAUGCUUUUCAGUUUUUGAUAGUGGGUGGGUUCAUCACAAAACAAGGGAAAGAGAGGAUUACAGAAAAUGUAAUAGGCCAUUUUCAUCACAUUAAAAAAUAACCCCAUGCAUCUAAAAUGUAAAUAUGGCAAUUAACUGGGGAGCAUCUUUGCAGAAAAGUUCCCUGAUAAAGACUUCACAACUGUGAGGGCCAAAAUUUGAUAUACGGAGCAUUAUUUGGGUGACACCUUAAUAUUGG